GAUUUUUUGUGUAGUAGGUUAAAUACCAAGACAUAACUAGCAAAUAUGGUGAUUCGGCUCGAGAUGAAGAAAUUUUGACUAAAUAAACAUGGUGAAAUUAAAAGUAGCUGUGAGGGUUCGACCUUUGUCUUUAAGAGAGACGGAAAUAGCAUCGACGCCCGUCAUUUCCGUACUCAAUGAAGAGUCUUUGGAAAUUACCAAUGUAAAGGUACCUGAAGAAAACGUGGCGGAUAGCCGUGAAAGAAUCAGGCGAUUCACGUUCGACUAUUGCUUUGAUGAAAACUCUUCCCAGAAUUACGUAUUUGAAAAAAUCGAGAAAAUAAUAAGCGAGUCGAUAAAAAAACGCAACCAUUCCUGCGUUUUAGCUUACGGCCAGAGUUCUACGGGUAAAACCCACACCAUGAUAGGAACCAACAGCAGUCCUGGAGUUAUCCCGAAUUUUUGCAAUAAAAUUUUCGACUAUCUUCGAGAAUCGGCCGUUGGAGAAGAAGAUUUCAGCGCUAAAGUCACGGUCAGCUAUUUGGAAAUUUAUAACGAAAAAGUUCGAGAUCUACUGGGCACUUGUGAUGACAAUAGCAAAAUCCUCAGGGUUCGAGAACACCCGAAAAAGGGACCUUACGUGCCAGGUCUUCUGGAACACCACGUAUCGAAUUCAUCGGAGCUACUUUUCUGGCUUGAAACUGGAAAUAGAAGGCGGAAAGUAGCUGCUACUCAUUCCAAUCAGCAAUCGAGCAGGAGCCAUUCUGUGUUCGUCGUUAAUUGUGACGGUGUUAAACUAAAUUUGAUAGAUUUGGCGGGUAGCGAGAGGGCAGGACGUCGUUGUUUCAAUAUCAUCAGGUUCAAAGAGGGCUCCAACAUUAAUAAAAGCAUCGUAGCUUUAGGAAAUGUCAUAUCAGCUUUAGCAUUUCAAACAUCACAACAAUCCAGAGGACAAAGAAGAAGAUUCAUUCCAUACAGGGACUCGGUUCUAACAUGGCUUCUGAAAGAUAUUUUAGGAGGAAAUUCCAACACUGUUAUGGUGGCAACCGUUUCUCCUUCCAGCGUCUGCUAUAACGAGACCGUUAACACUCUGCGUUUCGGGCAACGGGCCAAGAACAUCGUCUUUCGGCCAGUUACCGUCGAAGAUCCCAAAGAAAAGACCAUCAGAAAUUUGCGUGCCGAAAUAUUCAGGCUAAAGGAACUCCUCAAAGAUUUACAGUUCGGAAUAACCAACCAAAUGAAAAAUGGACCUCACAACACAGUUAUCUUUUGGAACAACAAUCGCAGAAACACAAACAAGACACCUCCAAACAUCAACGAACCGCCAAAAUUAGACGCCCCUAAUAAAGAUCCCCUAUUCACAAAAGACGAGUUAAUUCCCUUAAUAGACGUGGAAACGUCCCUUGAUGACCAACGAAAUCCAUUGGAAACCACGAAAAUGAAUCGCGAGAAACAAGGUAACUACAGCUCGGACGACUCCAUUCAAUCGUCCAAAUCCAUAGCUUCGAGUUCCGAAAAAGAUUCCGGCCAACAAACGCCGUCAGACGAUCUCAGACGGCAAUCGUUGACCAAAUCAAACACGUCGUUGUCCAAAACCCCGCCUAAAAGAGGCUCACUGGAGAACUUGGAUGGAGCGCGCAAGAGGAUGGAGAGAGCUAUAUCAACGGAGCAACUAUCAAAGAAAUUCGAAUCUAAAGUCAGUUUGAACACGAAGAAACCCCGAUCGCAAGUCGUAGCGGCUGUCACCAGUAGAUUGUACAAUAAAGCGAAGAAGAAGGACGCUUCUACGGAUACAGAUGAUAUUAAUGGAGUACUCGAUUUGCUAACGGAAAGCGCCAAGUCUAGACUUAGAGAAAUAACGCGGAAGGCUCUUCGUGCCCAUAGAAUCAAACAUCAGGAUACGCAAACCGAUUUUUUACCGGCCAGAAGGAUGAAAGAGCGAUCUACAGAUAGCAGAGAUUUGAAAUUAGAGUUACUUGAAGUUAAACAUUCGGAGACAAUGACGAUUAUAGACACCCAAGACGCUUCGGUCGAGUGCACGGGAUUCGUUAACAUCUUCGGCGACGAAGACGCGGACAGAAACUUCUGUUUCACGAGAACUUGCGGGACGCAAUUCAACAAAGACGAAUCAGAGAGAAGACUGCUUUCCAAACCACAAGCCAUCAUGUCGUUCACCAAAUACCUUAGAGAAGUCAAGGAGGAGUGCUCUAACGAUGCAAUAUACACAAACGUCGUUAACAUCAACAUAUCCAAUCAUUAUUCCAAAGAAAAACUGAGCGCGAGCUCCUCAUCCGACAGCUUGGAUCUGAUCCACGCCCAAAGCCUCGUCACCCCCGACCUGCUGAGCAACCACCCGCCUUUGGAGACCUGCUCGAAGGAGGUGCAGACUUGGUUGCAGGGCAGCGUCGUCGAAUUAAACGAGAAAUUCCCCUGCAGAACCACCGACUUGCCCAACGACGAUUCGUUUAAAGACUUCAGCAAGGCGAAGUGCACCGUGAUCCCCAAUCACUUCAUAGCGGUGCCUUCCGUAAAGAUGCUGAAGACUCACGUGCCCGAAAUCUUCGUCGCGGCGCCUCUGCACGAGGAUUUUUGCGAACCUCUGCCGGAAUUCGCGAGCCCCUCGGCGUUUCCCAAAAUCGUCGAAAGCCAGAUAGCGAAGCGAGACGAUUUCGUGAUAGUUACCGAACCGCCCGCGUUGGAGCCGAUCGCUCUGAAUCAGCUGGGCGAGGCAACCGUUCAAAACGCCUUCCGCAAGAAGAUUCGAAAGAGCGGCGAUAUCACGCAGAGGAUGGUCAGCGCCAUGUCCGUUUUCCUCGAAGAGGCCGCCGAUAUGAUGUCCAAGUUUUCCGAGAAAAUAGAAACCCGACCAAACUACGAGCUAGAACUAACCGUGAACAAUUUAGACGUUAAAACGCACAAAAAGAAGAAGAAAAUUAGACGCGCGAGACGCUGGGACGAGGAGUACGUGUAUAGCGAAAAAGGGUCGCAAACGUUGAAUCCCAUCAAAUACUCUUGCUCCACGCAAUCGGAGGCGCCGAUAUCUUUGCCUGUAAAUAAAUACGAGGAGCCCCUGAGACAGUGCUGCGCUAGUUUGGAAGCUAAAAUCGGUAGAGUGUCGUGGGCGCCGUCUCUGAAAAUUAGCGACGACGAAGGAGAUGACACCGAUGAACUCCUCUCCGAAAGCGCCCCCGUCGAAGGCAGCAGCUUGGGAAGCACCCCUCCUGCGUAUUCGGAUUACGGUAGUUUGCCCAAAAGGAAAAAGGUUAAAUACAAGACCCUGGCGACCGCAAGUCCAAAAACGUACUUAGAGCAGCUUAGAUGUUUACGGAAAAACAUAGUCGAAAAAUCUAGGGACAAUUUCGUGUAGUCUCGUUCGUGUAGGUGUAUGUCAUUAACAAAAAUCGCUUGAUAUUUUAAGGUUUUUUGUAGUUUUCGUGUUAGUUGUUUUUUACUUAAUUUUAACAUUUUUAUAAUUGAAUAAUUUAAUGAAGUUGUUAAAAAAUAUAAUAAAAUUAAAUUUGACUAACAGUCCUAUUAUUACAUUCAUUAAAAGAAGAGAUAUCAUGUAAUCUUACAUUUCUUUUACCAGGUAAAUCUCCCUCUCUGAUGUCCGUUCAGAACAAUUAAGUUUUAGUUUUAUGAGCUCAGUUUCCUUCUGAUCAUGUACCUAAUUGAAUUAAAUUGCAUCGUUACUCUGUCCAUUGGUUAAUAUUUUUUUCCAAUCGCUCCUGUACUUCAUCUACUUUGCAUUUAUUUAUUUUGUAUAACAGUAAAUUUUUUCCUCGUGUGUCUGUGUAUCAU